AUGACUAAUUGUGCUCUUCACACAUGGUUUAUAGCAACUGAUAUGCAACUAGAUUUUAUGUACGACGACAUGGAGUGGAAUAAUUUUUUCAAAAUGUUCUUCUGGAAGCCAUGGCCACACUGUGCCGUCUAUUUCACUGUAUCUUACAUAUUGGGCGCUAUAUUUUCACUUUUAUUUGAAGCGCCUUUUCUUAAGUUGCAAUCUUAUCUUAAGAAAUACUUUCUGGAUAUUAAUCACGACAGCAAACAAGUGAAUGGAAACGGAGAGGCAUUUUACUAUUGGCAGUUUACUGACAAGUGA